CAGAUACAAUUAUAUAUCUAUCAAUAAUAUAAAUUUCUUUAUUAUGUUUUUAGAGAAUCUCAUAUGAAACAAUUCAGCCAAUAGCAACAUAUUUUUAAAACAACAACAACUAUUUAUUUAUUUAUUUAUUUAUUUAUUUAUUUAUUCAAAUUGACAAUUUUAUUUUUUUUGUUUAUUUUAAAGUUAUUUAUUUAAAUUAUUUAUUUAUUUAUUAUUUAUUCAAUUUCAAAUAAUAUAUACACAUUCUAUUGUUUCGUUUAUUCUUUUAUUGUUUUUUUUUUCAAUUACUUUCAUUUCCUUUUUUCUUUUUCUUCACCACCCCAAUUAUACAUUUAUUUUUUCUUCACCAAUAAUAAAGUCGUAUAAUUCUUUUUUGUUAUUUUGUUUUUAUUCUUUUAAAUAUAAUAAUAGCAAUAAUAGUAGUAAAAAAAUAUUAAUAGUCUAGUAUUUUUCAUUCACUUAUUUUUCAUUAUACCCAAAAUAUAUUUAUAAAUUAUAAAUCAUAUAAAAAUUAACUUGUCUUUUAUAUAUCUUUCACACAUUAAUAAUAAUAAUAUAAUAGUAAUAAUUAUAAAAUAAAUAUAUAACCAAUUCAUAUAAAAUUAUUUAAUAGUAUAUUCUUAGCAAUAAUAUAAUAAGGUUAUAAUACAUAUACUAUAGCUCACUAUAACUAAUAAUAUACAACCAAUAGGCAAUUAAUAGCUUAAUUGUUAAAUUAUAAUUUAUAACACUAAAUUUUUUUUUUUUUUAUAAAAAAAAAUAAUUACGAAUAAAAUAAUAGAGAAUAAUUAAAAAUGACAGAAAUUUCAAAUUCUUCUCAAUUUUUAAAUUCAUCUGGUUUCGAAAUGUGGAAAUCAUCUAGUAAUGGCGCUAUAAAUUGGGAAGGUGGCAACAGUAAUGGUAAUCCAUUAAAAGCAUCAGGAAACAUUUUAAAGAAUAGCACAAAUAGUUUUCAACCAUCAUCAACCCUAGCUUCGACUACAGCAGUUUCAUCAUCAACAACACCACCAACCACUAGCACCACUGCCACUCAACCAUCAACUCCAACAGUAUCAUCUAUAACAUCACAGUUUGGCACAAUGGGAUUUGAUCCACUCAAGGUUCCUUCAUCAAUCAAAAAUUCGCAGUUUAUAAACAUCACAAGUCAAUCUGAAACUAAUUGGUUAUCACAAAGUGAUUCAUUGGUUCAACCACCAAGAAGAGGAUUAGUUAAAGCUUACAGUGAAGAUAAUAUUCAGCCACCAUUAUCAAUUCAACAACAACUUCAAUCACAACAACAACAGCAAGAUUUGGAAAAUGAUAAACAUCAACAAUUCAUUCACCAAUCUCAAGAUGAUAUUGAGGAUGAAAUAACUGGUCAAAACAGAUAUAAAACAGAGUUAUGCAGAUCAUUUGCAGAAACUGGUGUAUGCAGAUAUGGAUUAAAAUGCCAAUUUGCUCAUGGCAAAGAUGAACUUCGUCCAGUUAUGAGACAUCCAAAAUAUAAAACUGAAGCUUGCAAAACUUUCUAUUCAGUUGGAAGUUGUCCUUAUGGUGCCCGUUGCCGUUUCAUACAUACUAGAGAUCCAGAAAUGAUGAAUAGUUUAUCAAGUAGCAGUGGUAAUAUUUCACCAUCAGGCAGUAUUCCUUUAAAUAACAAUGGUAACACCCCAUCCACUCAACAAUUAACUCCAACCUUAUUUGCUAAUGAAAUUCUUGCUAAACAAUUACCUCAAAUGAUUCGACAACACAGUUCUCCACAACUUCAAACUCCAUUAUAUAUUUUACAACAACAUAAAGAAUUACAACAAAAAAAUAAAGAGAAACAAUUAGAAAAAGAAAAGCAACAACAACAACAACAGCAACAACAACAACAACAACAACAGCAAUCACAAGAAAAAGAGCAAGAUAAAGAACAACCCCAAAAAGAAUCAUCUCCAGUCAAACAACCACCAUCUCACCCAACCACUUUACAUUGGUCAAAUUCAUGGAGUAGUGAUGAAGCCUCAUCAACUGCCCCAAAAGAUUCAGCUCCCGCUCCAACUAAUCAAUUAAAAUCUUCACAACCAGUUCUUAAAAAAGAAGAUUCAUCAAAAAGAUUAGCAAUUUUUAAAACUAUUUGUUCCACUAACUCCACAUGGUAAAAUAAUAUAUAAAUAAUUUUAUAAAAAAAAAAAAAAAAAAGGAAAAAAAUUUUUAUUGCAUUAAUAAUCUUUUAAUUUUUUUUUUCUUUUUUUUAAUAAUGUAUAAUAAUUUAAAUUAAUAAUUAAUAGUUAAACUAAAACAACAAUAUUAAUAAUUAUAAUAUUUAUAUUUAUAUAUAUAUAUAUUUUUAUAUAUAUAAUAAAAAAAAAAAAUAAAAAAAAAAAAUUAUAUUUUUUUUUACAAAUUUUAAUAUCAUUUACG